AAGCAAACUGCCUCUCUGAGGCCAUGCAUGAAUCUUUGCGCUAUUCACAGGGUGUGCUGCUUGACAGAAGGCCAGGGGUGGGACCUAUCAGAUGUUACUGAACUACAAUCCCGACCUUCCCUGAGCCCUGGCCAUGCUAGCUGAGGUUGGUGAAUGGUGGAGUUGGAGGAGAACAGACUUCCCAUCACUAAGAUCAAUUCUCAUAUUCACAUGGCAUAAUUCAAACAAAAUUAGAUGCAGAAGAUGGAAAACGAGAACAACACAGAAACUCAAGUAAUUCAGCAUGGAAGUGACUAUACAGAAAAAAAGUAUUGCUACUUACUGAGAACAAAAAAUGGGAUUUGUCCAUGGAAAGAAACAGUGGAGGUUAAAAACAAGCUAGAAGCAAAUGAGGUUGACCAACAACCUUUUAAUGAGGAAAAUGAAAUUUCACCACCAUUAGCUAGUCAAGAAACUACUCAAUCUCUGUCACCAUCAAGAGAAGAUAGUGCUGAGGAAUUCAAAACUGAGCUGACCUUUUUUAACGAUUUGGUGUUCACAAAUGACCCAGUGUCCCAUAUUGAAUACUUACCUUAUUACAGAACCUACACAAACCUUGUAGAAAUCUCUUCUUGUAGAAAUCCAGAUGAACAGCAGGAGAAUGCAGAUAAAGAUGGACUUCAAAGCAAUGGCUGUGCCUCAAAGCUUCAAUAUGAAGAUGAACCCCUUCAUGACUUAGAUAAUUUUACUACUGGAUAUUUCCCAUAUUAUAGAACUUGUGAGGAGUUUUUCAGCAACUCAGAUCUUCCCAGUAACAUAUAUAAUACAGCAGAGAUUGAGGAGGUUGGAGGAAAUAGUGCAGAUCAAACAGACAGUGAAACUGACUAUGAAAUUGGAGGUCUAUAUGAAGAUAUAGUAUGUUACAAGCAAAGUAGUCAAUCUUCUUAAUUUGGAACUACUGAAUGUGGUACAAACUUUAUACAAAGCUUUAUGAAUGAUGAAAAUUCUUCAGGCCUAACUAAAUUGCACAUAUGCAAAAAUAUCAAGAGAAAGUAAAGACAUUAUGGAAAGGGAA